AAUAACCAAUCGUUUAAAGAAUUAUGUGUUAAACAUUCGAUUACCAUUGGCGGAAUCGUUUCGCAUCCUGCAAUUUUAACAGUGUUUCCUCACUAUCGUUUAUUCGUUCCAUUUACCGCUGCAUGACAGUUGUUUUCUGAAAAAUCUAAUACUGUUUGUAGUGCUUGCAUUAUCUUGCAACUUUAUUCUACUUGUCAACUAAAUAGUAUUAAAUAAUGUUCCGCAAUCAAUACGACAGUGAUGUGACAGUUUGGAGCCCACAAGGGCGGUUGCAUCAAGUAGAGUAUGCGAUGGAAGCUGUAAAAUUAGGAUCAGCUACUGUAGGACUUAAAAAUAAAACUCAUGCAGUGCUGAUUGCUCUCAAAAGAGCUUCUUCUGAGCUUUCUGCUCAUCAGAAGAAAAUAUUUCCUAUAGACAAACAUAUGGGGAUUUCUAUUUCAGGCUUAACAGCCGAUGCUAGAAUGCUAAGUCGAUACAUGAGAACUGAAUGUUUAAACUAUAAAUAUUCCCAUGAUGAUGUGCUACCUGUUAGCCGUUUACUCGCAUCAUUGGGAAAUAAAUUACAGACCUGCACUCAAAGAUAUGAUAGAAGACCAUAUGGUGUAGGUUUACUUAUUGCUGGAUAUGAUGAUCAAGGACCACAUAUUUGUCAAACAUGUCCUUCAUCGAACUAUUUUGAUUGUAAAGCAAUGGCUAUUGGUGCACGAUCUCAAAGUGCACGUACUUAUUUGGAGAAACAUCUUAAUGAACUUUUAACAUGCGGUCUUGAUGAAUUGAUAAAACACGGUCUUCGUGCACUACGAGAUACAUUACCUAACGAAGUUGAUCUAUCAGUCAAGAACGUCUCUAUUGCAAUAGUAGGAAAGGGUACAGAGUUCAAAGUAUUUGACGAAGAGUCAAUAUUGGUUUACUUAACUCAAAUUGAGGAUGAUAAACGUAGCAAACCUAGUGAACCAGAUGUAGAACAAGAUUCGAAACCUCCACAGCCUCCACCAUCUGAUGAAGGCCCAAAAGAUCCACAAGCUGCGGUUGCAAUGGAGACAGAUUAAGAAUGAUGUAACAUACUUUACAAUAUAUUUUAUGUUCAAAAACUGUAUUUUUUAUUAUCAAAUCGAAUGUAACAAUAGAGUGUCAUGCAACUGAUAAUUUUCAAUACAUAUUCAUUUUUCUGUUCGGAAAA